GAUCAAAGGUAAAAGUCAAGAACACUUCAUUUCCCAAAGCUUCUUCUUGACAAACCCUUCACAUUCAAUCAAGCUUGACCAUCAACACCUUCAACUCAUCGGUCUUCCCCACUCGAUCUCAUCCUAUCAGCUCAAUCAAAUAACACUCUGGUACAAUCACGCUUCAUCAGAUUCGAACUUAACUAAAGAAUGCCAACUCAAGAGAAUGCCUCAAACGAGCUUAACCCCGAACCGACAAGUACCACCACAAGUACCAUCUCAUCGGUGUUUCAGUCAGCUCUUAAAUCCAAUUCACCAACACCUUCUGGAUCCAAGUCUCCGAUUCAAGAUUCAUUAAACUCACCCGCCGUUCCGAUACUUGCGAUGGACGAUUCAUUUAUCACUCCUUCAUCAGAUCCCGAGUCACCUCUCUUUGUACUGCAUCGACGUCUUCAUCAUCGUAACAUACCUGGCUUUAAUCAAGUCGUAAGCGAGGGUAAUAUCGGUGUCGACGUGUUCACCACCAACGUCUGUAAACUCGAUAAAGCUGCUCUUCAGGCAGUUUCUCAUAACACAGAUAUAGUUCAAGUUCACUAUCCUGUGACUCUAGAUUCAGUCGUUCCUAUCAAACCGGUCUUAUCGGAUGUUGUGCCUACCCCUCCUUCUCAGUCAUCUUCCAACUCCGCGCGUCUUCCUACUAACGGAAUCACACCCUCAAACAAGAAUGUUGCUCAGACCCAGACAACUCGUUCAACUUCUAAAUCAAAUGUACCUAAAAUGCCUGCAAAAGGUCCUCAUGGUCCCCCUGGUAUGAAAUUCUCAUCUUAUGGCUCAAAAUGUGGAGAAGCUGACGCUGCUCUUGGUAUCCGAAUCUGCUACAGUUGCCUCACUCUAUUACUCGCCAUAUUCUUCUUUUGCUCCGCAGCACGAUUCAACCGGAAUCGCCAACGUUUGAAUCACUGGAUCCAUCGUCCGAAUCGAUACUUUGAUAUCCCUGCUGAAACUCUCUCUAUGUCAUCCGCCGAGCUAAAAUCACUCACGUCGUCAGAAGGAUUGGCACAUGCGCAUAGUCGGAAGAGACAGAAGAUGGCUAUAGAUAUGCAAGAAGAUGACGCUCCGGAAGAGUCUACAUCAGCACUUGACACUGACCAUACUCACGAGUUCAUCAAUUCUCGACUAGCCACUAACAACCUGCUGAUACGAAAUCUACAAGAGAGGCAGUUCGAACGACUUCGAGAGGUUCAAGACACAGAUCUAGAUCCAUCUCUCUCCAGCACAUCUUCCGCACAUCCGGUUGCGCCUGCGUCAAGCAAAAAGGGAGACAAGCAGGCUCCCGGACUCUCUUCAACAGAAUUAGCCGAGGCCGAUCGCUUGAUGAAAUCUUUAUCCGAGCUGCUCGAACUCAGGCCUCAAGUCUCAACGCACAUUCCAGGCUCAGCUCAUGACGCACUGAGCAUCGUGCCGUCCCGAGAGCAACUUCGUCGUACGCAAAAUAUCAUCAUGCAGUCACGCACGAAAGAUGACCCGACUCCUGUCUAUCAGGGCUGCCUGCCGUCUGUUUAUGCAGUUGGGAUCAAAGAAUCUGUACUGACUUCACAACCUGAUGCCCGAUUGGUUGAGAUACUCACGAAGAAACCUAUGAACGGAGAACUGAAUGGGAAUAAUGGAUCAAUACCUGCCAUUGCAUCUCAUAAUUUUCCAACACCACCAUCACGAUUGGCUUCUUCGACUCCUUUUGCGUAUCGGGAUCCUGCAUUGCUUCAACUUCAUCCAUCUCAAUUACAAGCCAAUUUCCGUACUUCUUUACCAGAACAUAUGAAGAUGAACUCUUUUGCUUUGAAUGGAGGCUCAAUCCCUCAAACCCCAAGUAUGCCCGGUAACUUGAUGCACUCUAGUAAUCAAUCACCAACGGUACAUGCACAUCAUCAUCUGGUACAAUCUCAAAGGCCAGUUGCUGGACCACAGUUCCGAGGAAGGCCAGGAAUGCCGGUUUCUUCACCUCAGAUACCAUUUAAGCAUCCUAACCUUACCACACCUAAUUUGAAUGACCACCCUAAUCACCGAGCUCUUGCUAGCAUACCUAUGCAUAGUCCCUUCAAUACCACUCCCAAUAGAAUUGUUUAGACGAUCCCCUGAUCCUACCCAAGAAGCCGAUUAACUUUCUUUACGUGCUUUUAUCAAUAUGAAUGAUUAUAAGUCAUUCAAGCAACUUCAAUGUUCAUGUAAUUUGUCUCACUGUUAAUAGAAAUGGUCAAAGAUAAUAGAAAGAGGUAUUUGUAAAGAUGGAUGUAGUGAGAAAAAAAAACUUGUAUUCUCGAUCAAAUCUCUUUAUGAUGCAUGCUUUGAAUUUUUUUUUGCGGAGUCCCAUCGAUCUCUUUGAAUGUUAAUUGAUCAAAAGGCAUUCAUUUUUUUUGAGGAUU